AUGGCUACGUAUUUCGACAACCACCAUUCGGAGUAUAGCGCGCGUGCGCACCAGCCAGAAAAUAGAUAUGUUCAACAACCCUUCUCGAGUCAUUCGAAUUGGACAGGGAGUGCUCACAGCCUAAACGAUGGCGACCCCCACCGUGAUGAAAGCUACGAGCUACAUCAGCAGUUGAUUUCUCAUGGUACACCCAAGGCCGUUCAGGUGCACCAACAUGAGCAAUCUGCAGAAAAUGUCCACCACCCAAGUUUUCUCAAGAGCAUCCCCUGGGCUGGAAUGCUCGGCUUGGUGGUGACUGUGCUUGCUGCCAUAGCUAUCAUUGUCAUGCUGAAGACGGCCGACGGCAAAGCGACAGAUGCCUGGCCGAGCGAGGCGAGAGCCAUCCAGCUUUCCGUGAUACUCGCCAUAUUGAUUGCCUUGGCAAAUUCAUCUUUGACGCUUGCCUUUAACGAAGGUGCAGCUUUGGCCUGGUGGCUUAAGAUGCUGAAGGGUGGCAACCUCGACGAUAGCCACCGCUACUGGCAACACGGAUCAAGCGCCUUUCAAUCCAUCAAAGGGUUGCGGCACUUCAACAAAGUUACUCUUGUAUCUAUCGUCAUGCUGUUCCUCAUCGCCAGCCCCCCGCUUCUACAGAGGGCUGCAGAAAUCAUCACUGUCACCGAGAGUGAAGAUGCGACGUUCAAGGCGGCCUUGUCUCAAGACCAGUUCAGUCAACCUACGGGUUACUAUAUGACCCACGCUCCAUCGGUGAAUGCCUUGACAGGCAAUUUUUCGCAGGUCGUGCAGGACUUUACAAAUCGAAGGAGUAUUAGAUUGUCCCUAGAGGGUUGCAACGGAGCCUGUUCGGGGACUUUCGUCACUGCUGGCUUCGAUGUCAGCUGUACAAGAGGGGGGGAAGACUACGAUAUGAAUCUAAAGAUCGGGGCAAAUGCCACAAUUGGUUCUAUAUCUAUCUCUUCCAACUCUAUCAAUGAGCCUGGGGUAAUCACAGUCAUGACUACCUACAAAGCAGAUUCAGCUGACAAGGGCAAGUUGAUCACCACCAACUGCAACUUACAUAGUGCUCAAGUGAAAUACCCAUUCAGUUACACCAAUGGCACAAUUGCGUUGGAAGGUGCAAGCUAUUCAGUCGACGAAACGGUCAAUCGCACAACCAAGCUUGUCUACCCAGGCAAGGAAAUUGUUGGCAUUAGCAAACUGCCGUCGGCUUUCGGCGGCAUUGCCUAUGCACUAGGCAGUAUCUACAACAGCCAAGUGACAGUUUACAAGUCAGCGGAAUUAGCCAUUAUGGGCUCCGGCCCGAUGACUUAUACCUACAGAAACUUCACAGACGUCGAGCUGGGGAGUAAAAGCAUGAGGUGGAUCGAUCCAACGCCCGCCAUUCUGGACGCCGUCCGUGAGGUGACCUUCCGCGCCGCGAUAGCGUUCUCAGACCCCUCCGCCCAACAGACGGUACAAGGCAGCCAGUUGCGUACAGUCACUAAAUACAAGAUCAAUAUGAAGUUUUUCGGUGGGACUCUGGCUAUCACUCUUUUCGGCACCUUGGCAGUCGUCGUCUUAUUCCACGGGUUCUGGAGGCUUGGUCGUCCAGUAUCAAUGAGCCCGCUUGAGAUAGCCACCGCAUUUCAGGCACCCAUCACCAAAGGGGCAGUUUCAAUGGCUUCCGAUGCAGAUAACAUUGCCAAGCAGAUUGGCAAGCGUGAGGUCAGAUACCGGGAUAUGUAUCUGCCGGAUGGAACUCAUUCGAGAGCUAUCGUGUCCGACGAAUCUACAGCCUAG